GAAGUUAUAUGCAAAUUUGAAAUAUCUGGCCAAAGAAGCUUAAAGGAAUACACGCAACUAGCGUUUGGGGAUAAUGGAGCCCCUGUGGAAGCGGUUACUUUUUGCCGCAAUAAUUGCUGGAGUGUUCAGCGUAUCAAAUGCUGAAUUUUGGAAUAAUAUGGAUGUGAAUAAUAUAUACAGUUCUGGAGUACAUUACAAAGAAGAAGCAAUUGCUCCUCCUAGAGCCCCAAUAGAUGAAAGUUAUGAUAUAAUAGAUACAGCAACUCAGGUGCGUACUGGACAAUUACCAAGAAACUGCACAUCUGGUACUGUGGGUUGUAUACCAAAAUGUUUUGCUGAAAAAGGAAAUCGCGGUUUUUCUGGUGACAUAGGUUCACCAGGCCCAAAAGGUUUGCCAGGUUAUCCUGGUACUGAAGGUCCACCUGGUGAUAAGGGGCAAAAAGGUGAUCCCGGUCCACUGGGUCCACGCGGCUAUAAGGGUGAACGCGGCAUAAAUGGUAUUCCUGGUAUGGCAGGUGUUCCAGGUAUACAAGGAGUAAGUGGCAAUCCAGGUACUCCUGGUAUACCUGGCAAAGAUGGUUGUGAUGGUCAAGAUGGUUUGCCUGGCUUAGCUGGUAUUGCUGGCUUAGCUGGUCCACGUGGUUAUCCUGGUCAUCCCGGAAUUAAAGGUGAGAAAGGUGAACCCGCUAAAGAAAAUGGGGAUUACGCAAAAGGCGAGAAAGGUGAGCCUGGUUUUACUGGUCGCUCAGGAAUUCCUGGUCCUGACGGUCCUACAGGCGCAAAAGGUGAUCGCGGUGAUACUGGACCCUAUGGUGCACCUGGACCUCGCGGUGAUCGUGGUAUAAAAGGAGAAAAGGGUGCUCCAUGCUUUGCUCCACCCCAACCAGGUAAAAAAGGUGAAAAGGGUGAAAAAGGCGAACCUGCUGGUCGUGAAAAGUUGACGGGUACAAAACAAAUUGCUGGAGAAAAAGGUGACCGCGGUGAAAAGGGUAAUGCUGGUCAAGCUGGCGAAAAAGGUGCUGUAGGUUAUUCCGGAGAGCCUGGUCGUGAUGGUAUGAAGGGUGAAAAAGGCUUACCUGGUGGUGCUGGUGACAGAGGAAGACAAGGUAAUUUUGGACCCCCUGGACCAUCUGGGCAAAAAGGUGAUCGCGGCGAAACUGGUUUAAACGGUUUAUCUGGUAAACCAGGUCAAAAAGGUGAACCAGGUCGUCCCGGAAAUGCAGGUGCGCGAGGUUUACUUGGUCCCCCAGGACCGCCAGGUGGCGGUACAGGAUCACCUGGAGCACCAGGUCCAAAGGGUCCACGAGGUUAUACUGGUUCUCCAGGACCUAAGGGUCUGGAUGGAACUGAUGGCGCACCUGGACAGCCAGGUCUACCUGGUCCAAAAGGUGGACCAGGUCUAGCUGGCCGUAAUGGUCUUGAAGGUCCCCAAGGUGAAAAAGGCGAGAAAGGUAAUGACGGACGUACUGGUUCUAUGGGUCCUAUUGGACCAAUUGGUCAUACUGGUCCCCCAGGUCCUGAGGGGCAAAAAGGUGAGCCAGGCUACCCUGGUAUUGGUGAUGUUGGAGAGAAAGGUGAUCACGGUAUUCCUGGAACUGAUGGAUUAAAAGGACAAAAGGGUGAACGUGGUUUUAAAGGUAAUGCUGGUUUACCAGGUGAUUCUAAAUUGGGUAGACAGGGUGUAGCAGGUCGAAUGGGUAGUCCCGGUGCUAAAGGUGAUAAAGGUCGAGAUGGUAUUCCGGGUCAAAAGGGUGAUAUGGGUAUUAAAGGUGACGUUGGCGGUAGAUGUUCUAGUUGUCCACCAGGCCUUAAAGGUGAUAAAGGUGAUGCCGGGUUAAAUGGUCCACAGGGAAUUCCAGGUAUUCGUGGUUCACCAGGUGAACCUGGUCUACGUGGUGAUCGUGGUGAUGAUGGAAUUGCUGGUCCAAAUGGUGCUCCUGGUAGCAAAGGUUUGGAUGGCCUUCCCGGUCCACCAGGACCUGAAGGUCGAGCUGGUAAAGAUGCAAUUUUGGAUUAUAGUCUGAUAGUGCCAGAAAAAGGCGAUAAGGGUGAACGCGGUUUUAUUGGACCUGCAGGGCUUAAAGGAGAUCGUGGUGCAGCUGGAUUGUCAGGUUUGCAAGGGCAAAAAGGUGAAAUCGGCGCCAGGGGUGAAAAAGGGUAUGCGGGACAACCUGGAACUGAUGGUUCGCCUGGCAAUCCCGGAAUUAAUGGCUUAGAUGGACUACCAGGUAUAAGUGUUAAGGGUGAACCAGGUCCUGCUGGUCAAAAUGGGUUAAAAGGUGAUAAAGGAACUGCUGGGUAUACAGGUCAAAAAGGUGAACCUGGUUCAUGUGACGCCGGAAUGUUGACAGUUCCUGCAAAGGGUAAUAAGGGCGAUCGCGGACAACCAGGAAUGCCUGGCCCUAUUGGUCCAAUUGGAGAAAAAGGUAACAUGGGUUGGGAAGGUCAAAAGGGUGACCAAGGUCCACAAGGUCCCGUUGGUCAGGUUGGACCUAGAGGUAUAACUGGCCCUCGUGGUGAUAAAGGAAAUCAAGGACCAUCAGGUGCACCUGGUAAUCCUGGUAAAGAUGGUUUGUAUGGUCCACCCGGAAGAACUGGUGACCGAGGUCAAAAAGGUGAACAAGGCAUAUCCAUUACUGGCCCACCAGGACCUAAAGGAAACCAAGGUUUUAUUGGCGAGAAAGGUGAUCGAGGUCCAACUGGUGCAGUUGGUCCAAUAGGAGUUGAAGGUGCUCCUGGCUAUCCUGGUGAAAAAGGUGACGCUGGUUUACCUGGUGCUACUGGUAUGACAGGUCUUGUUGGUUCUAAGGGUGACCCUGGUCCUAUAGGUCCUCAGGGUGCGCCUGGUCCUCCCGGUAAACCUGGUGUUGAUGGCGUACAAGGACGUGAUGGCGCAAAAGGUGAGCCAGGUAAUCCUGGUAUAGUUGGCAUGCCUGGCUUAAAAGGUGAUAUCGGUGCUCCUGGUAUUGAUGGACCAAAGGGUUAUCAUGGAAUAAAUGGCCUUCCAGGCAAGCGUGGUGCUCUCGGUCCUACUGGUUUACCAGGUCAGAAAGGCGAUAAAGGUGACAGGGGUAUAACUGGAGCUGAUGGAGUUACGGGACCACGUGGACCGCCAGGUCCACCAGGCUUUACAGGUGCUAAAGGUGAUAUGGGUCCAAUGGGAGCAACAGGAGCUGAUGGUAUACCUGGUAGGGAUGGUGCAAAAGGUGACCAAGGCGUGCAAGGACUUGAUGGGCCACCUGGUCUUCCAGGAGAUGCUUCCGAAAAAGGACAGAAAGGAGAGCCGGGUGCACCUGGUUUAAGAGGUCAAACAGGCAUUCCUGGCUUAAAUGGCUUACCUGGUGACAAAGGUGCCGAUGGAAUUGCAGUACGUGGGCAAGAUGGUCCUCCUGGACAAAAAGGUGAUCAGGGACGAAACGGUAUUGACGGUAAUGAUGGUUUACCUGGGCAAAAAGGUGAUCAAGGAUAUUCGGGCUCACCAGGAAUUAAGGGUGAUAAGGGUGCAACUGGAUUGUCUGGUGCUCCGGGAUCACCUGGAUUAGACGGACUUCCUGGUGCUAUCGGUGCCCCAGGACCUCAAGGUUAUGUCGGCAUGAAAGGAGCUAAAGGUGAACGCGGUUUAUCUGGAAUUAACGGUAUUAAAGGCGACAAAGGUGCAACUGGUUUUGUCGGCUUUGCUGGAGCUCCGGGUUUAAAAGGAGACCAAGGCUUCCCUGGUGCUCCUGGACUCAAUGCACAGGCAAUAACUAUUAAAGGUGACAAAGGUGAAAUGGGUGCAUUCGGACUUAUAGGUCAACCCGGUAUUAAGGGUAUCAAAGGUAAUCAAGGCGCUCCCGGAUUCGAAGGUCAAAAAGGUGACCGUGGUUUAACUGGCCCUCAAGGUAUGGCUGGAUUAAACGGAGCCCCUGGCAUGAAAGGGGACAGAGGUUUGACCGGAGAUACUGGGGCACCAGGUAUUGCUGUUAAAGGAGAAAAAGGUCUGCCUGGUAGACCUGGUAAACAAGGUCGUGAUGGAAUAUAUGGACGAGUGGGUGAAAAAGGAGAAAAAGGUCUGCCUGGUUUGAAUGGUAUGCCAGGUUUAGUUGGCUUACCUGGUCCAAUCGGUCCUGUUGGUCCAAGAGGAGAACCAGGUCCAAUGGGCCAACCCGGUCGUAACGGUAAUGAUGGUCUUCCCGGUGCUGUUGGACUUAAAGGUGACAUGGGAUUCCCUGGUCCUAAAGGUGAACGAGGUGAGUCAGGAUUUGAAGGACAAAAGGGCGAAAAGGGUGAAACAGGAAUUUCUGGCAUCCGUGGUGCUCCUGGUUUUCCUGGCGAAAAAGGCGAUCCUGGUAUACCUGGUGCAGAUGGGCUUAACGGUCCUAUGGGUCCACAAGGAGAAAAAGGCUUCAUGGGUCCAAAAGGUCGAGAUGGAAUCAAUGGUAAAGCUGGUGAUAGAGGUCAAAAGGGUGAACCUGGUUUAGUACCGCCUCCGGGUCCAAAGGGUGAACCUGGUCAUCCAGGAUAUGAGGGUCAAAAAGGUGAACGUGGUCCUCCUGGGUUACAAGGAUUAACUGGUUUAAAGGGUGACCAAGGUGAAAGGGGUGAGAUCGGCUUAAUUGGACUUGCAGGACAAAUGGGUCGUCCUGGUCCAAAAGGAGAACAAGGCUUGCCAGGUUUAAUAGGCCGUGAUGGUUUCCAGGGACCACCUGGUCCAAAAGGCGAUCAAGGCUUAGCAUGUUCCGCUGCACAAGAUUAUUUAACUGGUAUACUGUUAGUAAAACACAGUCAAUCUGAAGAAAUACCACGUUGUGAAAGUGGACAUAUAGAAUUAUGGACUGGCUAUUCCUUACUUUAUGUUGAUGGUAAUGAUUUUGCACAUAAUCAAGACUUAGGUUCACCAGGCUCAUGUGUUCGUCGCUUUUCUACACUGCCUAUGCUUACAUGCGGACAAAAUAAUGUCUGUAAUUAUGCUUCAAGAAAUGAUAAAACUUUCUGGCUUUCAACGUCCGCUUCACUGCCAAUGAUGCCAGUGGAAAAUUAUGAAAUCAGCAAAUAUAUUUCACGUUGUGUGGUGUGCGAAGCACCCGCUAACGUUAUUGCUGUACACAGUCAAUCUUUAAGUAUACCAAAUUGUCCAAAUGGUUGGGAAGGACUUUGGAUCGGUUACAGUUUCCUAAUGCACACUGCAGUUGGAAAUGGAGGUGGUGGUCAAGCAUUAUCUUCACCUGGUUCAUGUCUAGAAGACUUCCGUGCAACGCCAUUCAUUGAGUGCAAUGGCGGAAAAGGACACUGCCAUUUCUAUGAAACAAUGACCAGCUUCUGGCUUGUCACUGUUGAAGGUGAACCAUUCUCACGUCCUCAACAGGACACACUCAAAGCCGGUAGUCUGCUGCAGCGAGUAUCUAGAUGCCAAGUCUGUAUAAAGAACUCGACAUAAGCUGCACUACUAAUUUUAAAAAUUUAAAUAAUUUUAAAGUUUAUUACGAAAGAACUAAAAGAAUUUAAAAAGCCCUUUCCUUAAUUUCCUUAAAAUAACAAAUACCAAAUAUUAAUGCUAAUGUACUUGUUUAAAGUGUUAAAUAGUUAAAAAUACGAUAUCUGCCAUUUAACGAAUUUAAAAUUCUCUUUAAAUUUUAUUUAAUUUUUUUAUUGUAAUAUUAGAUCAUUAAUGUAAGUAAAAAACAAACUACAAGAAACAUAAUAAUACAGUAACAACUCGAUAAACUCGAUAACACGAACCAAUUAUAAAUAUUAUU